CAAAAUACAUUUGGUUCCGGUUCCAAAUCUCCCCCUAAACAAGGAAUAUUUGGUUCUAAUUCCAAAUACAAUUCACCAAUAGAUACGUUUGGCUCAUCAUCGAAGUCAUCAAAUCAUGGAUUUAAAUCAAUUUUUGGUACAAGUACCGAAGAAUCCUUUGGGUCAGGUGCAAGACCAACUUUACAAGAACAGGAAGUAAUCACUGGCGAGGAGGAUGAAGUAACUAGAUAUACCAUUAGAGCUAAAUUAUAUUGUAUGGAUAAGUCGCUUCAAUGGAGAGAACGUGGAGUUGGAACAUUGAAACUUAAUUUUCCUAGAGAUAAUAAAAAAUCUCCGCGGAUAGUAAUGCGUACUGAUGGUGUACUAAGAGUUAUUUUGAAUAUCGCGUUAUUUCAUGGAAUGAGUGUAGAACGAGCACAAGAAAGUUUUGUGCGAGUUGUUGCAUUUGAAGGAAAUGAUCAUAUUCCCGUUAAACUUGCAAUCAAGGUAGCGAGUCCUGGUGCAGCCGAUGAAUUAUAUGGCGCAAUCAUGAGCGCUAUACCACAGCCUCAACAACAGUCACAAAUCAGAAUCAAUGCUGUGGCUUCUCGAGCUUGA